AUGCGAGUUGUUGGUACUGACUACGGGAGCGGGGGUCGACUGGAGAUAUUCCCGUGCGAUGCCGUGCUUGUCACCGUUCCUUUGGGCGUUCUGAAAUAUUCGGUCGAUAGGACCAUUGAACCUUCGCUGAAGCAAUUACGUUUCAUUCCACCGUUACCGUCCUGGAAAAUCGCCGCCAUUAACGGGCUGGGUUUUGGAAACUUGAACAAGGUCGCACUAUUCUUUGAACAUAUAUUUUGGAAUACGGAUACGGAUACGUUCGGCCACGUUAACAGCAUCAACAGCGCACGCGGAGAGAACUUUCUUUUCUGGUCUCUGUACCAAAAGCCGGUUCUCAUAUGUCUGAUGGCCGGCGAAGCGGCGGACUGCGUCGAAGGCCUCGGCGAUGCUGUGGUGGUCGAACACACGUUGGCAGUGCUGAAAAGCAUAUUUGGCGACUCCCUGGCACCGCUGUCGCACAGCACGGUAACGCGCUGGAAAAGCGAUCCCUGCAGUCAAGGUUCAUACAGCUACGUGUCUGUUGACGCAACCGACUGUGUUCAUGAAAGCCCUCGCGAAAUCCGUAGUAACAAUACAUAUAUUUCAGGAGACGACUAUGACACUCUGGCAGCUCCCGUGGUGUUCGAUGUUUAUAGUAAUCCUUCACAACUACCAAGGGUCUUCUUCGCUGGCGAACACACCUGCCGCGAAUAUCCGGCCACAGUACACGGUGCACUGUUGUCUGGCCUGAGGGAGGCAGCACGCAUCGCGAAUACAUUCCAGCGUGAUAUAUAA